AAACUCCAUGGGCUUCGUGCUGCUGCAGCCAGAGAGGAUGGACUGCGUGGACCUGAACCAAUUCCGGGUAAUACUCAAGCCUGCAGGUCCCGGAGGAUGCAGAAAACUUCUGUCGGAGAUGUUGGCAGAGGGCCCUUCCGGGGACGUGCGCGCUGCUGGCGAGCGUCCCGCCUCACCUUGGCCGAGACGCCCCAGCAGAACAGCGCGGGGCGGGGUAGGGGGCGUGUCCCCUUCGCCAGCCUAGCCAGCGCGCAGGCGCAGCGGGCAGAAGGGGCGGGGGGAGGCCGCGGUGUUCUCUGGCCUCGGUACCGGGACCACCCCCGAGCGCGCGGCUGCGCGCUGAGCCUCCCGCCCUCCCGGAAGCGCAGCGUCCGGCUAGCGCCACGUCUGUCCCUGCGCCCUAUCCCUGGUCCCCCAGCCACCGCCCCACCCGCGAGGAGCGCACGCCCGAGCCGCGGCCCACGGGACUGGAACGGUAGCAUCAUGGGCAGCGUGGCCUCGCGCUCCGCCUGCGCGCUGCCCCUGCUGCUGCUGUUCCUGCUCCAGGCGGAGCGGCCGGGGGGCGCGGAGUUCACCUUCGAGCUACCUGACAACGCCAAGCAGUGCUUCCACGAGGACGUGGAGCAGGGCGUGAAGUUCUCCCUGGACUACCAGGUCAUCGCUGGAGGCCACUACGACGUUGACUGCUAUGUGGAGGACCCCCUGGGGAACACCAUCUACAGGGAAACCAAGAAGCAGUAUGACAGCUUCAUACACCAGGCUGAGGUCAAGGGCGUUUAUCAGUUUUGCUUCAGUAAUGAGUUUUCCACCUUCUCUCACAAGACCGUCUACUUUGACUUUCAAGUGGGCGACGAGCCCCCCAUUCUCCCAGACAUGGGGAACAGAGUCACGGCUCUCACCCAGAUGGAGUCCGCCUGUGUGACCAUCCAUGAGGCUCUGAAGACGGUGAUUGACUCUCAGACGCAUUACCGGCUCCGGGAGGCCCAAGACAGGGCCCGGGCUGAAGACCUGAAUAGCCGAGUCUCUUACUGGUCUGUUGGUGAGACGAUCGCGCUGUUCGUGGUCAGCUUCAGCCAGGUGCUGCUGCUGAAAAGCUUCUUCACAGAAAAACGACCCAUCAGCAGGAUGGUCCACUCCUAGUUGGGGCGCUCUGCUCCCAGGCCCCUCACACCCCAGGACGGAGCAGCUCCCUUUGGUCACAGGCUUCUGGGGCUGGUGGGUGCGACCCAGGAGCUGCCUGGAGAAGAGCACAGGGUAACAUGUUCUCACCUUGCCUUCUAUUCAGAUGCUUGGUCCUUGUACUCCAGCAGCCAAAGCUCACAGACUUCAGUAAGCGGAAGGCAUCCAGCUGCAUUAUGUGUGCAACACUGAAUGCAGAAAGGGUUCAAUCAGGCUACGGAUUGGCCAGUGUGGGAGGGCAGGCAGGCAACCAUCCAAUGGCCUGGUUCUUAGGAGGAACCCCAAGGGCCCAGGCCUCCAGGGGGCAGCUCAGGGCUCUCUUUUUGCUCUACGACGCAUGGCCCAUUUGGCUUGUGUGUCCUAUCCCAUGUGGAGGAGACAGGGCCCUGUCUGGCCUUUCCUCACAUGGAGCUCUCUGUACCUGUAGAAACCAGGCCUUGAAGCGGCUUUGCAGAAAUCCCCAUCCCGGGUGAGCCAUGGAAUCAGCCAUGCAAGCAAGAACAAAAUGGUAGCUGGGUGCCUUGGUUGGCUGUGUAUCUCCUAGGAGGCAGGACUCUGGCUAAUAAAAACUGUGAGCACCAUGGA